AUGGUUCCAGUGGAGCCAAUUCUAUUUGGGGUCAUCAAGAUACUCAGGACGUGGUAUUAUGGGGAAAACCAAGACCAGAUAAGAAUAGAGCUGAGCGAGAACGUAUCGUUAAGCUAUGUCAAUGGGCGCAGCCAUUCGGACUGGAUGCUAUCAUCCG